UUAGUGGAGAGAAGAGAGAAGGAAGAAGAAUUUAAUAGAAUUAGACAAUGUGUGUUCCAUUUCAAUCGUUAAACAUUCUCUGCCAUUUUCCAGCAUUUAAUGGCGGCAAUCCUGGGGCGUUUCUUCUGAUUUUCAACUCCUUUUUAGCUCUCCUCUUCUUCAUCCGCUCCAUUUCAAAGUUAGUACUGCGGAGCAUCAAGAUCAAGCACUUCUGUUUCUUUCUUUUGAAUGAAGAUUGAGGACUUGAAGUGCUGAUUAAAAACAACUCCAUAGAUUAUAAUGUCUUCCCCGGGCAAGAUUCAUCACAAGGCCACUCUUGAUGUUGCCUCAUGGAUGUUUAACGUCGUCACGUCCGUAGGGAUAAUUAUCAUCAAUAAAGCAUUGAUGGCCACAUAUGGAUUCAGCUUUGCUACAACUUUAACUGGCCUACAUUUCGCCACAACGUCCUUGCUGACUUUUAUUCUUAAGCAACUUGGUUAUAUUCAAGAUUCUCACUUACCAUUCCUUGACAUUCUUAAAUUUGUUAUAUUUGCAAACUUCUCCAUCGUGGGAAUGAAUGUGAGCUUAAUGUGGAAUUCUGUUGGGUUCUAUCAGAUUGCAAAGCUGAGUAUGAUCCCCGUAUCUUGUUUUCUAGAAGUUGUUUUGGAUAAGGUGCAAUACUCAAGGGACACAAAGCUUAGCAUACUGUUAGUUCUACUUGGUGUUGGAGUUUGUACUGUCACUGAUGUUAGUGUCAACAUGAAAGGUUUUGUGGCUGCCGUAGUGGCGGUAUGGAGCACUGCCUUGCAGCAGUAUUAUGUACAUCACCUCCAACGAAAAUAUUCACUUGGAUCAUUCAACUUAUUGGGUCAUACCGCUCCAGUGCAGGCUGCGUCUUUGCUGUUAGUCGGGCCCUUUUCAGACUAUUGGUUGACUGGAAAGAGAGUUGAUGCCUACGGUUACACUUUUAUGUCCUUGACGUUCUUAAUCCUUUCAUGUACCAUUGCGGUAGGGACAAAUCUCAGCCAGUUCAUAUGCAUUGGUAGGUUCACUGCUGUGACAUUCCAAGUGCUCGGCCAUAUGAAGACUAUAUUAGUCUUGACGUUAGGAUUCAUUUUCUUUGGGAAAGAGGGCCUCAACUUACAAGUAAUUAUAGGUAUGGCCAUCGCAAUUCUUGGAAUGAUCUGGUAUGGAAAUGCCUCAUCUAAGCCAGGAGGGAAGGAGCGUCGUAGUUUUUCCUCAACAAGUAGCAAAGCAUUAAAGCACACUGGAUCAGAAUCUUCCGACCUUGAUGAAAAGAUCUAGAGCUGAGUAGAUUUUGUAGUUUUUAUUUUUUCCCCAAUAAUGGCCAUUGAUGAAAAAAUAAAAGGGAAAUGAUAUAGAGACUAGAGAGAGAAAAGGAAAUGAUAUUGACUUCAGUAUAUUCCAGGAGAUUCUUGACACAUAAUUGGCAGGCCCCUCACCUAUUUUAGUUCAUUAUAGUCUUUUUUUUUUUUCUUUUUUUUUUUUGUUCUCUUUCUUUCUUUUAUUCACAUGAAAAAGGUAUGCCAUCUUUUGAAGGGAUGCAACUCAAUGGUUCCCCUACAAAAAGUAUACAAUGUUACAGAUACCACAGUUAUCAAUAGUAUAGAUAUUUCCCUACUUCAAUCUCCAUGUCUAGUCGCUAUUCCUACAUUUUUGUUCAUCGGUCAACGUAUUAUCGUAUUUUAUGCUUUGUUGCUUGAAAUUUUCUUACUAUAUCUGAUUAACCCAUUUCGAUGUCCAAGCAUUAGUGGACCAUUAGUUGCAAUCUGAUUUCUUAAGAUUCACCUGGAAAUUUUUUGCACGUGAGAAACAUACCUUGUUAUGUGUUAGGUGGGCUUCUGAAGAAGGAUCAUUGAAUUAUUGGGAGGACUAAUAGUAAAUAGGAACCUCCUGUGGGUUCAAUGACUGUAGUACCUCUCAGUUUGAUCUGCCAAUUUUUUUGAGACAGGUAAUCGAGAAAACAAUACCAAUAACUAUGCCUCUCUGUGGCAGUUCUUCCCGGAGAAUGAAUGCUUUCAUUAGAACAGUAAAUUUUAGUCCUAAUUUGACACUUACGGAAUUUAUUAUCUCUGCAGGGCACAGAGCAGCAGCUGCAACUCUCUAGGACUUGUCAUUUGCAGACUGGAAAAUGUUCUUUUUCUCUCUCCUCUCUCUCUCUCUCUAACAUGUUAAUUACAAUAAGAUGCCUUAUUUCCUAGUAUGACUGAAGCAAAGUUCAAAAUAUCUUUAUGGAUUUGCUGAAGUGAUGAUUACAGGAAGCAAGCCCUUCUUUUACACUUUUCUGUUGUUUUUAUUUGUGAUAUUCUUAGGAGACAGGCUAAUGUUUUAGGUUGGUUAUGUUGCCCAGGGGUUCUUAGCCUUCCCUCUGCCUGGCUGAGUGAUUGUUUCAGUGAUGGAGAAGAAAACAAGAGGAAGGGUUCAUGGAUUUACUAAAAAGCUUCAGAGAGAGAAAGUCAGGUUCAUUCAAUUUCAUUUACAGCUGCAUCUGGGUCCAAGAAAGUGUCCCUAUGUGCCUCAGAGUGGCCAUGGCUGCCUAAGAUUUGGGUACCAACAAAAAUUGGACAUUAUCUACAUUGAUAUUCAUCUCCUUUGCUUCCACAAUUAUCCUCUUGUUUUCAUAGCUGAAUAUAGCUUUUGAAUUGCGAACAGUAUGGUACUGUUCAACUGCCUUUUAAGCAAAUUAUGAGAGAGAGAAAGAUCAAAACCC